GGCAGUUUGGGAAGUAACGCGUGUGAUCAGGGGGAUACAUCGCAGUCGCAGCCAUCGCGGGGACAACAUGGGACUGACAAUAGCAGCGGUGGCGGCGGCGGCGGACGAGACGGUGACCUUCUUUCGUCCGCGAUACGGCGGUUCAACUUCAAGGCGGCGGGCGGCAGCCGUAGCUGCCGGACGGUACCGAAGGUCGUGGUCAUGGGCUCCAGCACGGCGUCGGAGACAACGAUCAACACGAGCACCGACAGCGCCAAUACGAUGCUCACUAUGGUGACGACGACGGACGGGGAGCAGCCAGACGACAGUUUUGACCUAAUCGACGUGCCGGCCGAAAUGUCGCCUCCUGCUACAGCCCCGUCGCAGUCACCCAUUCAUCUCAUUGGACAUUCCGACGACAUAGCCACGGGUAGCCGUACUUCGUCGCCGGCAUCACCUACGUCGCCCAUUUCCGUCGCAGCGCCGGUGAACCAAACUACACCGCCGUUGCCGCUUCCGGUAACGUCGCCGACAUCAUCGCUCUGCGGGACCGAAGUCGCAGGUCCGUCGAGUCGUUGCUCUCGCUCGAAACUCGACGCGGACCAACAGGAGGGCAAUCCCAAAGCGACGAUUGGCACCAUCGGUCAGGGACACGUCGCGAAUAACAAUACGGAAGGCACGUCGGCUCUUCCGCCACCCACGCCGAUGAUCGGGGCGCACCAGGAGACCAGAUUCACCUUCGGCGGCAGCGGUAGAACCCCGCCUCUUCCGGAUCUCAGAACCGCGGAUUUCUUCAGCACUCCCGUGAGGGGCUCCGUGGAUGCGGGCCAACCUGAUCCGAUCGACACGCGCUCCUCGAUUCGAAACUUGGUGGCCGCCCAGGAAAGGCAAAACGCCAGGAUGUCAGCAUAUCAGAUCGAUUACAUGACCGACGGAAAGGUCAACUCGAUUCAGACGAAUGCGCUCGAAAAGGGCAUCGCCGAUCACAAGCGACGGAGUCAAAAGAGGCCCAACAUCAACGUGACGACCAAUCCGCUCGAUAUAUCGCUAAUAGGUGCAACUCAGCCGUGCAAUACUCAGGGCUGUAACGCUCAGGGUAGCACGAGUCCGAAAUCACGAGGACGAUCAGCGGGUGGAAGCGCCGGAGGCGCCGGUAAGCGAUCGACCCAGGCGACAAUCGUCGUACAACAGCCAUCCUUAUCGCUGGACGCGCCCGCGGCGACGAUUUUACUACACCCGGACGCCGAUGCCAGACGACGCGAGGAGAACAUGCGGCAGUUGCUAGACGUCGCCAAUACCCUCACCUUGCAGGAAAUACACGACUUUGAGAUGAGAUAUGGAAGUCCUCAUCAUAGCCGAUCGCAGUCAGUCAAGGCACCCGGCAGUCGUUCUUCCGGUCGACCGAAUUAUCUGUGUCUUCCGCAACAGAGAUCACGAGUAGCGAGCAUGCCCAAUACCGGCGUGGAGGAGGAAUACUACAGAUUACGGCAUUUCAGUAUCACGGGUAAAGGAGUGGUGAAUCGGGGCGAUUCCCUCAAGAGCCGCAGAUCGCGUUCUAAUAACAGCGUCGCAUCCAGUAAUUCCAGCACGGAACACCUGACCGCCUCGUAUCCAGGAUCGGCACGGAAUUCAGCGGCGGGCUCGUUGGCAAGCUCGAGGGAGAGCAGCGCGUCCCAAGGUCCGGCGCCGUAUCGCGUCCUUAUGCUAGGCGCCCCUGCCGUCGGCAAGAGCUCGCUGGUGUCUCAAUUUAUGACUUCCGAAUACCUGCACGCCUACGAUACUUCGAUCGAUGAUGAGUCUGGUGAAAAGACUGUCAGCGUGCUGUUGGCUGGCGAAGAGUCGGAAUUGACUUUUAUCGAUCAUUCCUGUGCCGAGAUGACGCCGGAGAAUUGCAUCGCGACAUAUGAGCCGCACGCGUACUGCGUCGUUUAUUCUACGACCGAUCGCGCGUCAGUGCGCGUCGCCGAGGAGGUUCUCCAAUCCUUAUGGAGGAGCGAUCACAUGUCCGCGAGGGCGGUCAUUCUCGUAGGGAACAAGGUCGACCUGGUUCGCAGUAGACUGGUAUCGACCGAAGAGGGUAAAUCCAUGGCGACGUCUUACGAUUGCAAAUUCAUCGAGACAUCCGUCGGCAUCAAUCAUAACGUCGACGAGUUGCUAGUCGGCCUGCUCACGCAAAUUCGUCUGAAGCUAGAGAACCCCGAGAGGACCAGAGAAAUGUUUCGGAAAAGAUCGCGGAAAAAUCGCAGCAAAUCGCCCCUGGGUUCGUGCUCGGAGAACAACUCGCCUAAAAAGUACCGCGGCAGUCGGACCAGCACCAGCCUGAAAGUGCGUAAUUUGCUCGACAAGGUCUGGGCACGCGAUAGCAAGUCGAAAAGUUGCGAGAAUCUUCACGUUCUAUAAAAUUCGAGGAUCGAUCGCUUCGGUUUCAGAAGAAUGAUCUAGCAAGUCUGGCGAGUUGCAACAGACUUCCAUUGAAACGUCUUACGCUUCGGAAUUGUCUUCGAGUACGAGGGGGGGCCCUCAACGAGGCCCGACCCUUGUCGAAGAAGAGGACAAGUAUUGACCGCUCGAUAUUCCCGACUUCGCGGGAGAAGAGGAGACACGUGCGUAUCGCUUUGUAGCGACCUUCUCGGCCGCGUUUUCACGACGUCGUAUGUUGUUAGCUCUCUGUCGACGAGGUAAACUUUUGUUGCUUCUGUGAGACGAAGCACGUGCAGAAUCCGAUUAUUGAAAUGACUAAUCUAGGAAAAUAAUUUCAUAUUUUCUUCUCAUGACUUUAAGAGUAUUAACAGUAAAUCCCAAUUAGAAUAUUUCAGUUUGUAUUAUAUCGUGACAUUUUCAUUAUCUAGUUUCCAUAUCCUGAAUACGCGCUGAAAACUACCCAUCAACUUAGAUUUUCUUUCAUUUUUAUGAUUUAAUCAAAUUUUUGAAGGAAAUUGAUCUCUCUCUCUCUCUCUCUCUUUCUCUUUCUCUCUCUCUUUCUCUUUUUCAUUGGACUUUUCACAGCUGUUAUAAAUUCCAAGCGCCAGUGAGAAAACGCCCCUAACACCGAAGUCUGGUAAGUGUACAAUCUCUGUGAUUACCGUAAAAUGUAAAUAUAGGCCACAGGGGAUUGUGUUCUAAGCGCGUAUUCUGCGAGGAGCGUCGUUACCGCGAAGAGAGUGCGUUCGCGAGAGAGAAAGUCGUAAAAUAAAAUAUCCGUAAAGUAAAGUGAAAGGCGACACCGAAGGUAGCAAUCAGCGUAGAUUACUACAGACGAACUCGUUAUCGGUCGCGCAUAACCCCGAGAUUAUUACGGGAAGGGAAUCGCAUCGAUUCUUAUCGCGUCCGCUCGACGAAACGCUAAAAUCGAUGAUGGUUUUCUUUGUCGCGGCGUAAAUGCAUGCGAUAAAGAAACUGUGCAAUAUAAGAAAAAUUCGCUAGGUAAAGGUACGCUAGUACGGUAUUGCUUUGAGCUGCUUUGCGCAUCGACAAAACGUGACAGAAAUCGCCGAUUGUACUCGCAAUGGUUUGUUGACCUUUUCGCGCUCAACAAUCUUGACUGAAAUCCGACGUAGACAAAUUUCAAAAUGGAUAGAGAGAUAGCUUGCUAUUGCGAUUUCUAAUCUAUCGCAGUACCAAUGAUUCUCAAAUCUUUUUCGCUGAUAAUACGACGGUAUUGCGCGAGGAAUUACGACACGUUCAACUUUUAAAGAACUUUUGAAGAACAAUUCAAAGUUAUAUGUCAAAGCACAGAAAAAAUCUACUUUUAAAUUAAACUAAAGAAGAAGAAGGAAAUAAGAAAUAGAUCGGAAAUUUAAGAUUUAAAAGAUAUGAAGCGAUAAAAGCUCUUACAAAUAUAUUAUACGAAGGUGAGAGAAAGCAAUUAAGAGCCAGCGCGGUAAUUUGUGCGCAAAUUUUAUUAUAAUCAAAUUAUAUUAACACAAUAAAGUAGCGUGAUAGAGUCAAUAAUAAAAAGCGUACAUUUCCUUUUUUGAUUAUUUUCAGCGCAAUUACAAAGUCUUUUACGCAAUUACACUUUGUAAUUUGGUCAAAAAAAGACCGAAACGUAUGCUUUCUAUUAUUAAGUUUACCGCGCUACUUUGUUAUGUUAAUAUAAUUCAAUUAUAAUAAAAUUUGCGCACAAAUUAUCGCUCUAGCUCUUAAUUGCCUUCUCGCACUUUCGUAUGUUAAAAGAUAUUAAAAGAUGUUUUUAAUUUCUGUUGCAAAAAUAGAGACAUCUUGCAUUGACCUGCAAGAUUAUAUCUUUUAAAUUUAAAAUUUCCGAUAUAUCUUAUUUCUUCUUCUUUAGUUUAAUUUAAAAGUAGAUUUUCUUUACUCUGAUAUAUAACUUUAAAUUGUUUUUCAAUUUAAGAAUUGAACAUCAUGAUUCUUCGCGCAAUA